CUGACCUCUAUUUUCCCAUCUCCCAAACAUUCUCAGAGAAAGAAGGAUUUCGUUUCGACUCUCGAGCUAUUCCCAGUGGCUGGUUGCUUUGUCCUCUGGGAAGAUUUUUAUGCUUUACGCCUUUUGCUUUGAGGUGGGUUCUUCUCCUAGCUAGCUAGUUGGUCAUUAAUAAAGUCGACGAAGCAUUGUUUUGGGUACUGGGUCAACGUGGAAGAGGUGGAUGUUUCAACUUCAACUUUGAUCGUUUCCUUUUCUCUCGUUUUCUGGGCUCCUCUCAUAUCCGGCUGAAUCUUCGGCGAGGAAGGAAAGUUCUUCCCUUUCACGUCCUGGAGAAACUAUGGCCGAAUUGGAGCUCUUGUAACUCGGAGGGACAGAGGAAGCUAUAAACGCGGCAGUAAUGGAGUUGCCGAUUGGAGGAGCGAUCUGGCACUCCGGGUUUUGCUGGUUAAUCUUGCUCCUCCAUUUCGUUUACAGAGUUUCCUCCAACGCCGAAGGAGAUGCCUUGAAUGCACUGAAGACAAAUUUGGCUGAUCCUAAUAACGUUCUGCAAAGUUGGGAUCCUACCCUUGUCAAUCCUUGUACUUGGUUUCAUGUCACCUGUAACAGCGAGAAUAGUGUGACACGAGUGGAGCUUUACAGUAAUAAUUUAAGCGGCAGGAUUCCUGACGAGCUUGGAAAUUUGACGGCAUUGGUGAGCUUGGAUCUUUACUUGAACAACUUGACUGGUCCAAUUCCAGUGACUCUGGGGAAGCUUGAAAAACUCCGUUUCCUGCGUCUCAACAACAAUACAUUGUCAGGAACUAUCCCUGUGACCCUAACUAAUGUCAUGUCCUUGCAAGUCCUGUAA